UGAGAAAGUUAUUUCUUCUUCCAAAAUUCAAAAGGGUUAACUUAGUUAAUUCAACUUCAGUAUUUGAAGACAACAAUUCUACAUUCUCCCCUACAAUCAAAUAAUGGAUCUAUGGCACCUCCCCAUAUUUCCCCGGUCUCCCAGUUUGCGGCCUCUUGUGCCUCUCGACAGACAGAAGCUUCUGUCCAGAAAACUUAUAAUGUGGACACAUAACUAGAAUAGGAUUUCCUCAAUCCCGGUUUGCGCGCAAGUUCCACUCCGUUGCCCGUGGCUACACAAUCCCAGACGAAGCGGGAAACCAACCGUUUGAAGAGGGUGGGGAAAAAAAAAAGAAAAACAAAAGAAAAAAAACUCUGAAACCUGAUCGGCAUUUAGUGCGUCGUCUCCCCAGUCGUGCCUCUUAUGGACCGUGGUUGGACAGCAUUUAUUUCCCUCCUCUCUAGGGACUCGCUCAGGCUCAAUGCGCGGGUUGGACCUUGGGGAUACUUUGGCUAUUAUGAGUUUAGUCUGCCAAUUCCAACUGCGCAUCCUUGAAUAUUAUUGCCCCUAGGCGAAUUGCGUGGGGGGAGGAAUGUAGCAGAAUAGGUGUCAGUAUGUAUCUGAGAUAUCUCUCUCCUCAGUCUGGUCUGCCAGAUAGGGAUCCCCUCCUGGGGUUGAGAGCAGAAUCAGCAGAUAGAUGUUUUUCUUUUCUUUUCUUUUCUUUUCUUUUCUUUUUGUUUUUCUUACUCUCUUCUCUUCUUCUCUAUACUAUGCGUACUUCUCUAACAAAGAUUUCAAGCUUGAUAUUUGUUGAUUUCCAAAAAAUAUCAAGCUGAACCCUGCACCGCACCGCCGACUUUAUAUAUAUCAUUCCUUUCUCUGGAUUCUAUCUUUCGAAAAAAUGAUCCCGUCUCUUCCAGAAUUCUCUCUACUGACCGAAUAAGUCUUUCUACGGUGUCUUUUCUGGUGCUUGUCGACCUCGAACAGCUCCCUUUUUACCACCUUCUCUCCUUCACUUCUUUCACUGCUUCUUCCUUGGUUAAUAUUCAUGUAAAUUUAUUUUUUUAAGCAUCGAUUUAUUUUUAAAAGCAUUUGUGCUCCGAUUUGUUUCCAAAUUUUUCUACAUUUUCCCUUUAAUAUCCUCAUUUCGUUUCUUUCUCCAACCAUGACUAUAUCCAUUGCAUUCAGACCUAGCUCUCCGCGGCUAUUGCGCAAACCCCCCACUAUCUCCGGCAUCAUGCUCCUUGUCUAUCUUACCUUUUUCUGUCUCCUUUGCAGCAUGGCAAAAUAUUGUCUAUCCUCCUUCUUAGCCUCCGCCGGCUACGAAUCCGGCCGCGCAGAUCGUGAAAUCAUCGUCGCCGCCAUGUCCGAAGACGAUACCUCCUGGUUAUACGAGUAUCUCCCGGACUGGGGGAAGAAAAUCUACAUUGUCGAUAACCCCAAUGCAAAACUAACCGUACCGAAGAAUAAGGGAAGGGAGUCUAUGGUAUACCUGAGCUACAUAAUCGACAACUACGACCGCCUCCCAAAACACAUGGUCUUCAUCCACCCCCAGCGCUACCAAUGGCACAACGACGACCCCCUCUACGACAACGUGCCCAUCAUCAGAAACCUCCAGCUCCCCUUCUUAUCGCAGCAGGGCUACGUAAACCUCCGCUGCGUCUGGUUUCUCGGCUGCCCUGUCGAGAUCCGCCCCUUCACCGACACCCAGCGCGCAGACAUUCACGCCGGCGCGGCUUUCAAAUCCGGCUUUGAAGAGCUGUUCCCCGGCACCCCCGUGCCCAAGGAAGUUGGCGUAUCCUGCUGCGCCCAGUUCGCCGUCACGCUUGACCAGGUACAUAAGCGGCCCAGGUGGGAAUAUGAGCAUUUCCGCGAGUGGCUACUCAACACCCCGCUACCGGAUGAGCUGAGCGGGCGCAUCUUUGAGUAUUUGUGGCAUAUUAUCUUCGGCCGCGACUCCGUCCACUGCCCCACCGCCGAAGAUUGCUACUGCAAGCAAUACGGCUUAUGCAACCUCUCAUGCAAAAGUAAGGGCUUCUGCGACGGCCGCUACACCAUCCCCCCUUACUCAACCCUGCCAGACGGCUGGCCCGAUUUUGGCUGGGAUGGGAACCCGCGGCGUCCUGGUGACCCGAUACCGGCGCGGAAAUUCCCGAAACAGAUGCAGCAGCAGCAACAACCGGUGGUUGGAUGAUUCAGGAUGAUGGAAUGUAGAAAUGUAAUUGGAUCAUGGCUUUGUUUUUAAUAGAGGAGAACACACGUGGUUCUUGUGGAUGUGGGCGGAACGAAUAGACAAAAAUGGGAGCGUUAAGUUAGAGGAAUACUAGAAAGGGAGUGGACAUAUAUUCCGCCACGUAUCUAGCCACCUAUUUAUGCCCCAUACAUGAACACUCACGCCACUUGCAGACUGGUUAGCUUUACUUGAAAAUCCGGCGGGGUUUCCAUGCUUAGCUCACCUUCCAACCUCCACCUCCACCUCCACCGCCAUGCGGUAUCCGGGAUUUUUUUUUCAAAACAUCUGAGCCUCUUCCCUCCUCCCAGUCAAAACAAAGGGGUAAAUCAAUUGUUUGCUACCUAUAGAUUAUACACAUACGCAUCCAUGGACACAGAGAGUUGGAUACUAUUCAAAUCACAGCUACACAUGUAAUAGAUUUUUGGAUUGGGUAGUUCUACAUUUUACACGGGUUAGAUAUUUUUCUUUGAAUAAUACAAUAGGUACCGGAAUAAAGAAAAAGAACUACGUAUAACUAUUUAUUUUACUAUCUUUGUAUAUACUGUAUGUUUAUUAAUGAGUUACGCGGAGUUGACCGUACUAGCAAAGGAACCAAGGACGGGCAUUUUUGUCGCGGCUAUUUGUAUCUGACGCCGUUAUUCCCUCGGCUGUAACUUAACUUAAAUAUACAGUUUUAU